UAUUAGGAAAUAAACGGCUUAGCAAAGCUCAGAUUGCGUCUCCGGGCUCGAUAGGACGCCGCCACGCCCCCUGUGCCAGCGGCGCCCGACGAUCUCUAAAAGCUCGCCGCCCUUUGAUUUACGCCGAUCGCCAGUCGCCCGCGGCGGCACCUCAUACCCUGUGGACUUUUCUCCGCAUUCGGCGACUGUCCGCGUCCUUCCGUCCGGAGAGCCGCCCGCGGUUCCGGCGCUUCGGACCUGUUGCGUAUGUUUUAUUUCGGCUCCACGUUGCCGAGUCCAAGCCGCCGGACUCUUCGCGGCGCUAGUGCGUGGGGUUUGCUGCCCGUUUUGGCGUUUUGAGGGAAAAUCCGAACAUCUGAUCAUGAUCUCAUGGACUCGGCAUGCAAACCAUGACUGGCUUGGGCUCCCGGAGGCAGAGGAUGUCACUCCUUAACGUUUUCUACCACAUUCUUCUCCUGUGGACCAAAGAGAUGGACGCGCUUGCGAACUUUUCAAAUUACCUACUUAGGAUCAUCAAGAGCCAGUCGGCCCGCGCCUGCGAUGGAGACCAGCUUCGCCUGUUCUGCCCGCGACACUCAUCGGUCUCUGUCCAGUCCGCCUUUUAUGGGGCCGGUGGGGCGCUGCGCUGUGCCGACAGCCCAUGGGCUGCACAGGACAAAGAGGGGCACCGAACCUGCACCGCCGUUACUGCCUUACAGAAGGUGCUUUCAGAGUGCCAGGGCCACCGGGACUGCCAGCUUCCUGUCAACCCCCAUGUCUUUGGGAGGGACCCCUGUCCUGGGACCCCCAAGAACCUCCAAGUGUCAUACAAAUGCAAACCCACUGAACACAAGAGGAAGACUGGAUGCCAAGCUGAGAAGUUGACUCUGCAUUGCAAAAGUCCACGGCUGCUGAAUAUCUACUGGGCAGCGUAUGGCAGGCAGCUGGGUGAUGCUGACACGUGUGCCUCUGAGGAAGGAGAACCACCUCUUUUUGAGUGUUCCUACCACGGGGCUGUGGACAUAGUGUCCAGGGAAUGUUAUGGGAAGCAGAGGUGUGUCAUCACGGUCGAUGACCACAACUUCAAAGACCCCUGUCCCCCAGGAAUGCGGAAGCAACUCACCGUCCUCUAUGCAUGUGUGCCUCUGAGCUUGAUGAAGGAGGCAGAUCCCAGCAUAUUUACCACUAUCCUGACUCCUAAACAGACCACUGAGAAAGUAGUGGUUUUGUAUCCCAAAGGCUCCAAACAUCCAGAAAACAAGGGGAUUAUUCUCAGCAACUCUCUGAUGGUGUUUGGUUUUAUUAAAGAACACCCUGAACUGGCAGCCCUGCUCUUUGUGUCCAGUGUAUGCGUGGGACUCCUCUGCGUGCUCCUAGCCCUGUCCAUGAAGAUAUCCUGCAAUGUCAGACCUCUCAGAGGGGUCCAGUCAAUGGCAAGACAACACAGCAGGCAUAAUUCCGAUGAGGAAAGCUCAGAACUGAGCAGCUUGGUCAGCGAGACGAAGGACGACGCCUGCUGGGAGGUGACCAGUACGACGCUGGAGGCCGCUGAGCUGGCGGAGAGGAUCGAGCGGCGAGAGCAAAUUAUCCAGGAGAUCUGGAUGAAUGCCUAUCUCAAUGGGACCUCACAGAUCUGGCCUGUAUCACCUUGCAAUACUGCUGACCACAGACCAGACAGCCUUACACUACAUUAAUGCACACCAAUCUAUUAACCAAAUGGACUACAUUUCACCAUGUAGCUUCUGUUUUGGUAAUCUUGUGAUCAUUCUAAGAGUGUGGUAAAGAAUCUGGUCCUUCAUUGCUGGUGCCAAGCAUUAUGCAAAUAUACAGCUUUAAGCUGCCCAUGUCGGUUGGAUUAGCUAUAACUAUCAUCACUGUGCACAAUUAUGAAUUUUAAAAAAGAAAUGAAGCUGACAGUAUUUAUUUAAAA